AUGCAGUCAGUUUCUACGGCCAAGAUUCGGUCUGAAUCAAUUCUUACGAACGACUCCGGUCUAUCUCCGGUGUUGCUAACUCGAGCCCGGUUACUGGCCUCCGAGCAUGCGAAACUUACGGAUCGACUCGCGGAAUCAUUCGAUGCGAAAGUCGCGAAGCGAGCUGGAGAGCUGGCACCGGUCACCUCUGUCUUGAAGGAAUGGGAUCAUGCCAAUGAUUCCAUUGUCGAAUUGAAAUCUCUCCUGGAGGAUCGUCAAACCGAUGAGGAAUUGCGUUCUCUCGCGACGGAGGAUCUGCAGUCAACUAAUGGUGCUUUACCCGCGAUAUCAGAUCGACUGAAGAAGUCGCUAAUUCCUCGGCACCCGUUCGCGGCACUGCCAUGCCUGAUCGAGAUCCGGCCCGGUGCGGGGGGCGAUGAAGCUGGUCUUUUCGCGUAUGAGAUGCUACGCAUGUACAUUUCGUUCUGUUCCCGUCGAGGGCUCCGACCUACGAUUUUGAAACAAGACGUGGAGGAUGGUCCCUCGGAGGAUCGUCUAUCUGAGGCAGUGAUUGAAGUCGAAGCAGAAGGCGCAUAUGAUCUUUUACGAACAGAAUCCGGGGUCCAUCGCGUCCAAAGAGUGCCGGCCACAGAAGCCAAAGGCCGUACCCAUACCAGUGCCGUUAGCGUGAUGGUCUUGCCGAGCUUCCCAGAAACUGGAAGUAGCAUGGAUAAUGCUUUGAACUUUGAAGACCCGACGAGCGACUACUAUAUAGAUCCACAAGAAGUGCGCAUAGAGAAAAUGCGAGCUGGAGGUGCAGGUGGGCAGCAUGUGAACAAGACCGAAUCUGCCAUUCGGUUGACCCAUUUCCCUACUGGCACCGUGGUCUCCAUGCAAGAUGAGCGGUCCCAACAGGCCAACCGCCGGAAAGCCUGGCAGGUCCUACGGGCGAAGAUAGCCGAAGCUCGCCAAGAGGCUCGAGAGCAGGAGCUGGUUGAGCUCCGACGAGGCGUUUUGGGUGGAGUGGCUCGAAUGGGCCGAGGUGACAAAAUCCGAACAUACAAUUUUGGCCAGAGCCGUUGCACAGAUCAUCGUUGUGGUACGACAAUUCACAAUCUGGAUGCUGUUUUGGACGGUGGUGAUGGCUUGGAGACAGUCAUGGAGAACGUGCGGACCUGGAUGGCAGACCGCGAGGUCGAGGCUAUGGUGGCUGAAGAUUUGGCCAAAAACAAACUGAAAAAAUAG